UCAAGCUCUAGCGGCGAUUUUCCAGAGCUGAGUCGUUGUGUUCCACGCGCCAAUCUUGGAAAGUUUUUCACUGUCUCGGCAUCUUGAGCUUACACUUGCGACCGGGAGCCGUAAAGUGCCCCGCCAUUGCGCGACGUCCCUCGCGGUGAGACACGUGGCGAGGAUCACAACCUGCAUGCCUUCAGUUUGGACUGUGGUAGGAGGAGCUGACAAGGGCGGCAUCCUGGUGCGAAGCGGCCAGGAGCUGUCCUCGCCUGCCAAAGCGGAGCGCCUGUCUACUGGCGCCAAGGUGGAGGAGCUGCACCUCUCGGGGGAUCGGCUGCACUUCAAGUGCAUCUCUGGCACUGGCCCGGAGGAUGGCUGGGUGAGCAUUCGCAUCAGCGGCAAGGACUUGCUGGUGAAGGAGCCUGGGCAUGAUGGAGAGCCCGUGAAGGAAGCUAAGACGGCCCUGUCUUUGCCCAUCAAGCACAGAGAAGUGGUUGGACCAUCCUCCGGCUACACACACCGCUGGGCCGUGAACAUCGACUCAUGGAAGCCGCUGGGCGGAGCUGAAGGAAGAGAGUUUCAGUUUUUGCUGAAUCUCAUCAAGGAGGAGGUGGACAGAAAAGCAGUGAUGCGCUUUAAGUUCUUGGAAGACCAGAAGAGAGCGCUGGUCUCGCGCCUCCUGGUGCGUCAGGCCAGCGCCUCCUCUUUGAAUAUGACGAAUUUCAAUGACAUUGAGAUCAAAAGAACGAAGGGCAGGAAGCCCUUCCUUGCGCAGCCGCUACCUCCCGAAGAUGAGGCGCCCAACUGGAAUGUGAAUUGCUCCCACGAAGGCAGUUGGGUAGUUUGUGCCAGCGAGCCCCACGUCAUCGCAGGCAUUGAUGUGGCGGAGCUUCGGAGGAAGCGAAAGGAUGGACAGCCCAUUGACUUCCACAACGUUUUCAAGGACAACCUCACAUUCAAAGAGUGGGAGUAUGUGAAGGAGCAUGGCCCUUGCCAUGACAGGGAGUAUGAGGCCUUCUCGCGCUUUUGGUCCGCCAAGGAGGCCUUUGUAAAGGCGCGCGGCGAUGGCCUGGCAUAUCCUCUGGGCAAGGCCGAGUUCCAUUGGAAGCCGUUGGCCGGCCACGAGAUGGGCACGGCCUUCGAGGGGGAUGUGCACAUAGAAGGCACACACAGCCCACGGUGGCGCUUCGUGCAAUUCAGGAUGCCUGGGGACUCGCCUCACUGGACAACGGUGGGCAGAGGGCCUUUGACGGACAUCGUGGAUGCGCACGGAGAGUUCACCAAGACCUUGCGGAAGCCCCAGGAGCUCUUCUCAGACGUGGAGUGGCAGGCCCACCUGGAGUCCCACAGCCCGCACUUCGACGUUCUUCCGGUGGCGGCGCUGGUUCCACAGGAGACGCGAUGCCGGCGUAUGUUGCGGCGGGCGGCAAACAGUUCCCUUGAGAGCACAGGAUUGCCCCUUUUGCGAGCCUUGCGCUGUACAGAGUGCCCCCCCUAAGGGGUGCAAUUGUUUUGAGCGCAUUGUAAAGGUUGCAUCUGUCAGAGGCGCAGAUGAGCAAAGGCACUCUCGCCCUCCUCAGCCGACUCCCUGGCUUGUCCCAUGAGGGUGAAGACUUGGGACAUAAGGGAGCUGACGGCGUCUCUCGCGAGCGAGGGCGGACUUUCAAUUGAGACCAAGUUGGUCACCUGUCCAAAGAGUCGCAGGUACAA